UAUAAGCCAUGCGUCGCCUGUUCCAUUCAUCCAUCCAUCCAUCCAUCCAUCGACCAGCCACUUCACACAGGCAAGCGAGUGGUAGAGGUUCAGGCAUGGCAGCUCCGAGAGCGCUCGUCCUCGCCGUCCUGCUGGCGAUCGCCGUCGCCAACGCCGAGGCGGCGUCCGUCGUGGUAGGCCUGGCCAAGUGCGCCGACUGCACCAGGAAGAACCUCAAGGCCGAGGAGGCCUUCAAGGGUCUCCAGGUGGCGAUCAAGUGCAAGAAUGUCCACGGCGACUACGAGAGCAAGGCCGUGGGUGCCCUCGACGGCACCGGCGCCUUCAGCGUGCCCCUCGCCGCCGACCUCCACGGCGCCGACUGCGUCGCUCAGCUCCACAGCGCCGCCUCCAAUGCGCCGUGCUCCGGCCAGGAGCCAUCCAAGAUCGUGCCGGUGUCCGAGGGCACCACGUACGGCAUCGUCGCCGGCGAGAACACCGCCACGCCGUCUGCCGCGUCGCCGGAGUGUGCGUCCAUGACCCUAUGCGGGCCGAUCAAGAAGCACAUCAUCGAGCACUUUCACCACAAGAAGCCUGUGCCGCCGAAGCCGGAGCCCAAGCCCCAGCCCCACCCGGACUACGGCCCCGUGCCCAAGCCCGAGCCCAAGCCGCAGCCACACCCGGACUACCAUCCCGUCCCUCCCACGCCCACCUACGGCGGUGGCGGUGGCGGUGGAUACCAUGGACACCACUGAGUCAGAUCUACCACCGUCCAGCCCGCACUGAAAUCUCAUCACCGAGUUCAUGAUCAGUGUCAGUGAGUGAUCGACGUUGCUAUUUAUCAUCAGUUUUAUGCGUGGGUGUAUUGUUUGGUGUUCUGCCAUUCGCUGCCCCGCUUUAGCAUCUGCACUGCAGAGUUGAGAGUUCAGAAUAACAGUUGUGACUUGUGAGGUACACAGGGAUCAGUGUGUAUUUUGCUUUUGGAAGAUUUGUAAUUUUGGUAUGUGUUUUGUAUACGAAGUUGUUGUGGAUCAAGUAACUUAAUCAAGUUCACUUUGAGUCAA